UGACGUCUAAAGUCAAUGAUACAGGUGGCUAUGAAUAUACUGUAAAUAAUAUUACUUCAAUUAAUAUAAGUUUUAAUUAGUGUAAUUGAUAAUAAUAUAAAUUAAAUAAUAAUAACAAUAAUAAUAAUAAAUGAAUUAUGAGUGAACGUAAUCUGACAGAAAGUGCCAACGAUGAUGACAAAGUCGAUGAUGCAGUAGAUCCCAGAGUGCAAAUUGAACUUGAAAGAUUAAAUACUGCUACUGAUAAUAUUAAUAAACUUGAAGUUGAUUUAGACGAAGCAAGAGCAACAUUCAGAGAAUUAUUAUGUGAAUCAACAAUGACAAUUGAUAACUUAUCAAAAAAACUUGGUACCUGUAUUGAAAAAUCUCGGCCUUAUUAUGACGCUCGAUUUAAAGCUAAAGAGGCACUUCGGGAUGCACAAAAAGCAGCUAUUAGAUUUGAAAGAGCUAAUGGGCAACAUGCGGCAGCUAAAGAAAUGGUUUAUCUUGCAGAAGAAGGUCUUAGAAUGGAAGGAAGGUGUUUUGAUCACGCGUGGCAGGAAAUGUUAAAUCAUGCAACCGAAAGAGUCAAUGAAUCUGAACAUGAACGGGCUAUUUCAGAAGCUGAACACCGACAUAUGACUGCACUUUAUCACAAUGCAGAACACACAGUUCAACGGUUACAAUCAGAACUGAAAAGAUCAGUUACUAAAUCGAGUUUGGGUGCACGUCGCAGUUUGCUUCUGAUAAAUAGUAUCACCUACCAACACAACUUGCUAUUAUUACCGUAUUAUGAAAUGAAAGCGCAGUUUCAUCAAGCGUUGGAAAAACAAAAAUUACGUGUAAGUGAAUUAGAACGUUCAGUUGGUGAAGCUAAAAUGACUUAUGCUGAAGCGCUGCGUAAUCUUGAAAAAAUAAGUGAUGAAAUUCAUCGAACAAGGCAAUACGACAGCGCAGAUUCCAAAGAAAAAAAUUCAAAACAUAGUAAUACAAAAAAAAAUCCCGAAUCUUCUUCAGAAUCAAGCAUAACAGGAUCACCAGACAGUACAGAUUAUACAAGCGAUGAAUAUCUUCGUCUUCCUGAUAAAAUAAGUCCUACAUCUUCAAUAUCUACUAAAGUUCAAGACACAACAGAGUACUUAGGAUUAAGUAAUUUAAAUUUAGCAUCAACGGAACCUCGUAAAUAUAUAAAACGUAAAAGGCCUCAAAGUAUAGCCUCAUUAUCAACAAUAAGAAACACUCAAUUACCACAAAAAACAAGUGUAUCAACUUCACGCUUAUCAGAAUUAAUAACAUCACCAUCAUUAUCAGUAACAGCAUCGUCUUCAUCAUCAAAUUCAGCACAAACUGGCUCUAAUGAAUUGAAAUCAUCAAAGUCAUCAGAAAAUAAAUUUAAUCAUGAUAAUAAUCAUUUAGAUAAACAUACAAAUAGUAAAAGUAAUGAUAAUACAGAAAAUAAUGAAAAGUGGACUGAAAUAAGUUUAAAUAAUUCACCAGAUGAUAUUUAUUAUAAUAAUGAUGUUUAUUCUGAUGAUGAUGAUCAAAUUCCCUACAAACCAUUGCCUAGUGAAUUAAGUCCAGAAUCAAUAAUUGCUGGUGAAAAUAAAGACCCUGCUUAUAUUAGUAAAAAACGUCUAAGUCAUCAGCAAUCAUUGCCUGCGACGGUUCAAAAUAAUGAAAUGACUAUUGAAGAUCAGAAAAAAUCAGAAAUAACACGAAGUCCUUCUACUAAAUGUCGGGGAAGAUUAGAUAGUAGUUUAACAAAUUGGAUUACAAGAAAUUCAGCCGCUUAUGGAGAAAGUUCUUGUGCUCCGGGUAAUGCGGCAAGAAGGCAGUCAUUAGACAUGCUAUGGAAUACUGGUACUGGUGAACGAAUGAAAGAAUUAUUAAAUCAUGGAAUGAUGAUGCUUAAUAUAUCGAGUUUAACGGAAAGACGAUCGAGUGAACCAAAAUUAGCUGAUAAAGAUGACAAAUUGGUACAAAAAAAUGAUAGUAAAAUUGCUGAAUUAAAAGGCAAAAAAGUUCCUAGUCCAUUAGAAAAAACUAUGAGUUACUUAAAUCCUGAUGAAGAAACAUCUGACAGUGAAAGUUUAGCAAGUGUGGAAAUGUUAUCAGAAGAUCAAAUUUCUUCGUUAAUGAUGGAACCGGAUAUAAAUCAAGUAUGUCAAGAAGUACUCGGUACACCAUUGGUUGAAGUUUGUCCACUUUUACAACAACUCCAAGAACAACAAUAGAAAAAAUAUAUUUAAUUAUUUAAGACUAUUAUUUUUUAUCAUUCCAUCAAAACUAAAUAUAAAUAGUAUUGUGCAUUACUAUUUUUUUAAAUAUUUAAUUUAUUUUCAAUUCGUGCUAUAUUUUGAUAGACUAUUUUAAAAAUCUAUUCAUUUAGUAUUUUAUUUAAAGCUGUUGACUUUUAUUUAUGGACAUUGUUUAUUUUUUUAUUCUUUAUCUUGC